AUGAGUGUAAGCGCAAUGAAUAAAAUAAUUGACAAUCUUUGGCUUGGGGACAUGGUUGGUGCCUAUAACAAGUUUCUACUUAAAAGGAAUGGCAUUACUCAUAUUUUGACUGUAGCACAAGGAAUAAUGCCGAAAUUUCCUACCUAAUUUCAUUACAAAAUUAUAAACAUUCUCGACAUGCCUUCAGCAAAUUUAAAACAGCACUUCUAGUCUUGCAUUAAGUUUAUCAAAGAUGCUGUUGCUGAAGGCGGCACAGUAUAUGUUCAUUGCUAUGCUGGAGUUUCAAGAAGUGCCACUAUAAUUAUUGCAUAUUUAAUGUAGGAACAUGGCAUGACUUUCUUAGAUGGGAUGCAGCAUGUUAGAAAAUGUAGAUGGUUUAUCAAUCCUAAUGAUGGAUUCAAGAGAUAAUUACAAGCUUUUAAUAGAGAAUUAGCUAACAAGAGAUCAAAAGGAGACUCACUAAAUAAAGAGGAGACCAAAGUUGAGACUGUCGUGAAACCACUAGUUGUUGAAAAAAAUGUGAUACAUGAGAGUGUUCCUUAUAAGAAUUUUAUGAUUGAGGGUAGAGGUGGGUCUGUUCCUCCUGCCAUUAGGAAUUACACUGGACUCUCUUAGAGUGAAGAUAUUAAUGCUAAACAGAGGGAAACUUUAUAGCCUAGUGCAGGUUUUGAGAAGUAAAAUAGUGCUAAAAUUGGAAAUAGAGCGACUACAACUUUCAAUCAAAUAAGAGUUGCCUAUCAGUCUCCAAUACCUAAAUCCUCUAAAAUGAUACUUAAGCCAAAUAAAUUUGCCUAGAUCAGAGUUGGAAGUUCUCCUUAUUCCCCAUUCAAAUCUGGAGUCUUAUCAACUGGAUCUCCUAUUAAGGCAUAAGUUAGAUACCCAAGUUCUAAUCCAAUGAUGAAUUAGAAUGGAAAAGGGUUUUAGAUUUCUUCAUAGUAUAUAGCCUAAACAAAGUACUGA